UGAAUAUUUAUUGACUGUAAAUAAGUUGAAAAGGGAGCUGCAGAUUAUUAAAGUGCAGACCGGUUUACCUGAUGUUCAAUUGGAUUUACUGCAAAUGGAAGAGUUGGUCAACACGUGGACCUUGGGAGCAGCCCCUGAACUUGAGCUGGUGGGCGUGAACAGACAGAAAUGAGUGUGAGUCUGAGUUAGAGCUCAGUCAUUGCCACUCACGGACUUGUUACACAUUUCACAAAGGAGCUGACAGAAGACCACUAAUAGAAAGACAAAUGUCAGGAAACCAUUCAGGCAUCUGUUGAUGAAAUUGCGGGGGUAUCCGUUUUGGCAAAUACGUUGUAUAGGUGUUCUAUGUAGUGUACAAAAUCCCAUGCAAGGACUGCACAAAACACUACAUAGGGCAAACAGGAAGACAGCUAACGAUCUGCAUCCAUGAACACCAACUAGCCAUGAAACGACAUGACCAGCUAUCCUUAGUAGCCACACACACUGAUGACAAGCAACAUGAAUUCGACUGGGACAACACUACUAUUAUAGGACAAACCAAACAGACAACAGCCAGGGAAUUCCUAGAGGCAUGGCACUCAUCCACAAAUUCAAUCAAUAAGCACAUCGACCUGGACCCAAUAUAGCAGCCACUGCAGUGGACAGCUGAAACUGACAACCAGAAACAGCAGAUACAAAUCACUAUAAAUGCCAGAGGAAACAUCACAGAAGCGAUUCACAGGAGGCUCCCAAGCACUGAGGAUGUCACCUAGAUAGGGGACGAAAUGCCUGCAAUACAAAUUCCCAGCUCGGCGAACAGAACCACAACAACGAGCACCCGAGCUACAAAUCUUCUCACAAACUUGAACUCUUAAACUGCUCGCAAGUUCUGGAACUCGCAGGAAGUUAAAGAAGAAAGAAAAUGGUAUGCCAUCCUGUCUUAAAGUAUCAGCCUUCCUAGAUGAAGAAAAGGACAAGAAAUGGAAAAUGAAAUCUUCAACUUUGUUGAACCUUCAGAACUUCAAACUUCCCACAGUGGUUCAUUUAUUUGCUCUGUGUGAAUCAUUGCUCACCAUACCUAAUACAGUCACCAAUGCCACUGCAGGAGAAAAGGUCUCAUUUCCUUUGCAGUACCAAGGCAGCGAUCAGUACGAUGUAACGUUUAGUUUAAGAUUUCCACUAAGUUUUAAAAUUUUCACAUGGAAGUCCAGCAAUCCAGAGAAAUUGCACAUUGUGCACCCACUGUACAGGUACAGAGUUAAAUUCCACGCAGGUUUGGUGGUGCUUUAUAAUGUACAAGUUAAUGACACUGGUGAAUAUGAAAUAUACAUUGACUACUUUGGAACAGAACUGAAAAACCGUGAUCAAAGUAUUUUCAGGAUCCAAGUAUUUGAACCAGUUUCCCAGCCCCUGAUAAAGAUUCAUGACAACUGUGUGAAUUCGCCAAAUAUCACUUUGAGCUGCUCUGUCUCCAAAGGAACUAAUGUCACAAUUUACUGGGAAAAGAUGUCCUUGUCUGGGGUUUGCAGCAAAAUACAUGCUAGAGAAGUACUUAUGAUCGACUGUGUGAGUGAAAAGGAACAACAUGAGUACAGAUGUAUAGCAGAAAACCCAGUCAGUAAUGCAACCAGCAACCAAGUCACUUUCGAUCCACGAGAAGAAAUCAAUCUCAAGGGUAAAAGAAAUCAUUUUGUGGUCCUGAUUUCUGUGGUGAUGAUAGUUCUGGUUUCAACCAUUGUUUACUGCUGGACUGUUUUCCAUUGUAAAACUGGGUCAAGUAACAGAUCAGCAAGUGAUGACCUCAUGUAAAAUGGUCAUUUCCAACAGUUUUCAGUGUGAUGUAAUAAGAUUCACAUAAAUCAUGAUGAUGUAACUUAUCAACAGACGAUCUAACGGUAAUAUGGAAGAUACCGGUCUAGAAAAAGCAUGUGGACUGAAAGGUCUUAGACACUAUACUAGUGAACUAUAUUCAAGAACUUACUACGUACAGAGAUAAGUAAAGGAGUGACAAAAGAAUUUGAAGACCCUUAUUUAGUGUUCAAGGAACAAGAAGCCUCAGAUGUGCAGACACCUAUAACUCAAGCUACUCCAGACCACUAUCUCAAUGUGCAGAUGGCAGUAUUGCCUUAAAGCAGGAACAAAGCACUAAGUAGAACUUAUUCAUCUGAAGUUGGAAAUCCCCCUGGGAAACUAACUCUGCAAAAAUUAGAAUGUUGCUAAGUAGUAUGUCAAAUUAAACUUCUGGUUUGUUAUUUCCUGAAAUGCACUCCCAGAAUAUGUUCAUUAUAUUUAAAAAAAAAUUGCAGCUCACUUCAAAAAAUGUCAAACAUUCUUACGCACAGUAUCUGAUAAGCAUUUUAAAGUUGCUAUGACAUUCAUAACUUUAUUUGCAUUAUUGUAAUAUAAGUAUCUACUUUUCAGUUGAUACUGCAGUUUAUAUAAUAGGCAACAAAAGUAAUAUGUAAAGUGGUUCAACACUGCCAUUCAAGAGAAAUAAUAGCACACUGAAAUAGGUCAAUUGUUCAAACUUGUCUGUGUAAGUAUUUAUGCUGAAAUCCACAUGAAAUCUCACCCAGUCAACACAUUUCUAUUCCUUUCUCCCUUGUGUUCCUCUUAAGUGCUACUCACAUAAACCUCACAACUCUUAACAGGUUUCUCAUUCUCACCACACCGAGGAAUGAAGCUAAAUAAAUCAAACUAUCUUCUUCAUAUAGAGCUGCCUUAAUAUUAUUUUCCUUUACUUCACACAUUUGUUAUAAGGUAUUAUCUACAAGCUUGGGUCCACCUUCAAUACCUUUGUGGUUUCAGUAGCAGCUAUAUAAGAUGUCCAAUUAUUUGACUUCUUAUGAGAAAUGAAUCAUACUGCCAUCCAUCUAUUUGCGUAAUGGAGCAAUGCAAAUGGAAUAAUAACAUUCUUUUGUGAUCUGGGUUAUAUAUUUGUGCCUGUAACUCACAAGCUUCUUCAAUUUAUCCAAAAUUGGACUAAACAAGCACUUAAGUUCAAAUAUUUUGCAGAUUCAUCUCUCAGAAAGUCAAAACUUGAAACAAAGGCAACUUUUUAAAAACUGUAUGUCCUAACAUUAGCACCAUAAAAAUGUAUUUCUUAUUUUGAACUUUCAACGAAGUUUGUUUCAUUAUCAUUUAUAUUGUUUGUAUUUUCAGGUUUGUAAUGUGUUAAUAUUGUAAUGUUACUUUGCACCAUUUUGGCUUUCACAUGGAGUUGCUUAUAAUUCAGAAGGUAUUAUUUUAUAAUAAUGAGUGCAGUGCACAGUGUUUUAAUCUACUGCUAAGACAGCUAUAUGGUUACACCUGUCCCUUUAAAGGAGCAAAGCUGAAAUGUUAUAAAGAAGGGUUAUUUCAGAUAACAGUUCAUAAAAUUUCAUUGUCUAAAGCGCUGCCAAUUUUAUUGAAAACCACAUUUUUAAUUCUUUAAUUCUUUGUGCGAAAGAAAUGUAUUGGCUGCACCACCUUUUACUCGUAUUGAUGAAUUCAAUUUUGAGGUAUGUUAUUUAAUCUAUAUGACCUAUUGUUUUACAACCUUAAACUUUCAUUUUAAACAAAAUAAAAUAUUGGUCACUAUUUUCUUCUUAACUACAUUAUGUAUUUGUAAGCAAAUUUAUUGCUUUGCCUCUGAUUUUUUUUUAGAUUAGUUAUAGUGUGGAAACAGGCCCUUUGGCCCAACAAGUCCACACCGACCCGCCAAAGCGCAACCCAGCCAGACCCAUUCCCCUACAUUUAUCCCUUCACCUAACACUACGGGCAAUUUAGCAUGGCCAAUUCACCUAACCUGCACAUCUUUGGAUUGUGGGAGGAAACCGGAGCACCCGGAGUAAACCCACGCAGACACGGGGAGAAUGUGCAAACUCUACACAGUCAGUUGCCUGAGGCAGGAAUUAAACCCGGGUCUCUGGCACUGUGAGUCUGUAUAAAGUGACUGAACAACUGUUAAUAUUUUAACUCUGGCUUGGUUUGGCCAGUUUCCUUAUUAAAGUAGAAAGAGUGGUGUAAAAAUCACAACCUAAAAGACAAUACCCAAAAAUAAAUCUAAACAAAGAGAAUUUUACAAUCAAGACAUUGCUUGACCAGGAACCAGUGUAGAUCAGUGAGUACAAGUGAUUGUUGACAAGGCCUUAGGGGUUUAGCAUGUUAAGACAUGGCAAAAGGGUGUUGGAUGAACCUAGCUUUACAGGCAGUAGAAUGUGGGAGACCAGCCAGGAGUAUAUUGGACUAGUCAAGUCUGGACGGAAUAAAAGUUUCAGCGAUGAACUGAGACAGGAAUGAAGUUAAGCAAUCUUAUGGAAGGCGGUAAAGGAGUAUAUUAGCAAAGGUGCAACAAUGCAGUAGGAAGCCAGUCUCAAAGUCAAAUAUAACACCAUAAUUAUGAUGAGGAGGUGCUGGUGUUGGCCUGAGGGGGACAAAGUUAAAAAUCACACAACACCAGGUUUAUUUGGAACUACUAGCAUUCAGAGCACUGCUCUUUC